UUGUGAAAGAAAAUGGUGCCAACUUCACUUCAAUUGUCCGGUUAGUUUUUUUUGUUUGAACGGAAUAGAAAAGAAAACGAAAAAUCGUUGAAAACAUUUCCCACGUAGUUGCAAAUGCGAGGACAACAAUGGCAGAAGAGAGCAACGAGAAGGGAAUCCAAAUUCGAACCCUAACUGGUGAAUCCAUCACUCUUCACAUCACUCCCACUUCAACCGUCCAACACCUCAAGCUUCUACUCAAUCACUCUUUCCCCCCCGCCACAAUCUCCCCCAAUUUCCAUCUCUUUUUCAAGGGAGAUAAAUUGCAAUUGCAUGAUCAAAUUGGUUCUUAUAUCAUCCAAAGCGGGGAGUUUCUUGUCUUGGUUCCAUUCGCCAAGAAGGAACCAACUCGGACGGAGAAACAUGAUGAUUUGUUUUUCUCUUCUCCAAAUGUUGCUUGCAAUGCUUCAACUUCUAAUCUUGCAGAUACAACAUGGUCCAAUAUAAUGGAAGAUUUGUCACAAUUAGGCGAUACUAAUGAAAAAAAGGAUGAUAAUAAUGUAUCUAAUUUCGAAAAAGAAAAAGAGAAAACUGUAGACGUUGAAAUGAAAAGGGGUUUGGGUUCUGAGAAGCAGAUAGAGCUUCCUUAUAAUCUCAUAUUGAACUCACUGGAUUAUAACAGUGAGAGUGUUCUUGGAGAGCAUAGUUGUGAGGUUUUUUCGAAGGUUUUGGAGUCGGUGAAUUGUUUAUCUGAUCUGCCUCUUGGACACUGCAAGUUGUUCAGGAGAGCUUGUUUGAAGGGAGCUUUUUCCAAUGAUGGUGGUGGUGUUACUUGCUUGUGUCCACUGUGGUUGAAGAUCCUUGUGAAGUCGUUUGCUUUCGCAAACAUUUUUUCCGCAUUUCUUCAUUUACAGGGUAGGAAUGUGACAACUUGUCUACUGGAAGAAGCUCUUGAUCAGCUUGCAAAGUUCGGAGUCAAACUUGGCCUCCAUGACAUGAAGCAUCUUUCCCUUCUUUGUCCUCAUUUAGUGUGUUUUGUAGAUGACAUUGGGAAGGUGUGUUUUGGUGAUAUCAUUGUUGUAGUAAAUCAUUCAACUAGUAAUGAAGAUCAAAUUGAACAUAAUCCUAAAAGAGCUCGCAAGUGGCUGCAUGUUUCAAAGAUCGUCGUUACAUUAAAGAGAAGGGACAGUUCUUUCCGAAAAUUUCUGGGGCGGGCUUUUGAGCAGCUUCAGUUUAAAAUUGGAGACAAGAUGAACGUGGGAAUUUCCUUGGAAGAACUACUUGCAGCAGUCAAGGACCAUGAUUUUACCAUAAAAGAAAACAAGUCAAAACAUGUAAAGAGAAGCUCAACCUCCUCAAGACCUGACAAGGACUGCAUUGGGUGCAAUGACACAAAGUCAUUAAUGGCUGUGGACAUGGUUGAACAUCUUAAGAAAGGAAUUGGAUCUGAAGGACAGAUUGUGCAUAUCAAAGACAUAUGUCCCAGAAAAGCCAUUUACAGUGAGAUCCCAGCUGAACUAUCAGAGAAAAUGAGAUCUGCACUGAAGUAUAUUGGAGUUUCCAAAUUGUAUAGUCACCAGGCAGAGUCUAUACAAGCCUCCCUUUUAGGAAAGAAUGUUGUUGUGGCUACAAUGACAUCUAGUGGUAAAUCUCUUUGUUACAACCUGCCUGUUCUAGAAGAGCUACUUAAGAAUCCAUCAUCAUGUGCUAUGUACAUAUUUCCUACAAAGGCAUUAGCUCAAGAUCAGCUAAGAUCUUUGUUACGCAUGACAAAAGAAUUUGAUGUUGACUUAAAUAUUGGUAUAUAUGAUGGUGACACUUCUCAUAGUGAAAGGACAUGGCUACGUGAUAAUUCUAGAUUGUUAAUCACAAAUCCAGAUAUGUUACACAUAACAAUCUUGCCCUACCAUCGGCGAUUUAGCCGGAUUUUAUCGAAUCUAAGGUUUCUGGUAAUUGAUGAAACUCAUACCUACAAGGGAGCAUUUGGAUGUCAUACCGCUCUUAUAUUAAGGAGGCUUAGGCGACUCUGCUCACAUGUAUAUGGAGCUGUUCCUUCUUUUAUUUUCUCUACUGCAACUUCUGCGAAUCCUCACGAGCAUUCUAUGGAACUUGCAAAUUUACCCACAGUGGAGUUAUUUCAGAAUGAUGGAAGUCCAUCUGCAAGAAAACUUUUCAUCCUUUGGAAUCCUGUUUUGCGCCCAAAAGCUAUAUUGAAGAAAGCUCGGUUUGCUAUGGAUAAUGAUGAAUUGGUGGAUGAAAAUGAUAAUUUAGUUCGUUCAAGCCCAAUCGUGGAUGUUUCACGCCUUCUUGCAGAAAUGGUUCAACAUGGUCUUCGCUGCAUUGCAUUUUGUAAAUCACGGAAACUUUGCGAGCUUGUUUUAUCGUAUACACGUGAGAUUCUUCAUGAGACAGCGCCGCAUCUACUGGACUCCAUAUGUGCGUAUCGUGGUGGCUACAUUGCAGAGGAAAGAAGAAAGAUAGAGAGUGCAUUUUUUGGUGGUAAAAUUUGUGGUGUUGCUGCAACUAAUGCUCUUGAGUUGGGCAUUGAUGUUGGAGAAAUUGACGUCACUCUGCAUCUAGGAUUUCCUGGUAGUAUUGCAAGCUUGUGGCAACAAGCUGGUAGGGGUGGGAGGAGAGAUAAGCCAUCUCUAGCUGUCUAUGUUGCAUUUGGCGGACCACUUGAUCAAUACUUCAUGAAAAAUCCUAGGAAACUUUUUGAAAGACCAAUUGAAUGCUGUCAUAUUGAUUCACAAAACAAGCAGGUUCUUGAACAGCAUUUGGUCUGUGCAGCUCAUGAACACCCUCUAAGUGUGCAGUAUGAUGAGAAGUAUUUUGGUGCUUGCUUAGAGAGUGCUUUAAAUUCUUUAAAAGAUAGAGGAUACAUAUGUUCCGAUCUGUCUGAUUCUUCUAGAAUUUGGAACUACAUUGGUCCCGAGAAAUUACCUUCACAAGCAGUCAAUAUCCGAGCAAUAGAAACUGUUAGAUACAGUGUCGUAGAUCAGAAAAAGAAAGAAGUCCUUGAAGAGAUAGAGGAAAGUAAGGCUUUCUUUCAGGUAUAUGAUGGUGCAGUGUACUUGCGUCAAGGGAAAACCUAUUUGGUUGAAAAGUUAGAUCUAUGUAGCAAAACUGCUUUCUGCAAAGAGGCUGAUCUGAAGUAUUAUACAAAGACUCGAGAUUAUACUGAUAUUCAUGUCAUUGGGGGUAAUAUUGCUUAUCCAGUAAUUGAUUCAUCCAUGUUUCCAAAAACAAAUGCCCGUGCUAAUGUAUGCCAAGUAACAACUACUUGGUUUGGAUUUUAUCGUAUUUGGAGAGGAAGCAAUCAAAUCAUUGAUGCUGUUGAUCUAGCACUUCCUCAAUAUUCCUAUGAGUCACAGGCAGUCUGGAUUCCUGUGCCACAAUCAAUAAAAGAAGCAGUGGUCAAGCAAAAUUAUGAUUUCCGUGGAGGUUUGCAUGCAGCUUCUCAUGCUGUUUUACACGUAGUGCCUUUACAUAUAGUGUGCAACUUGUCUGAUUUGGCUCCUGAGUGUCCAAAUCCUCAUGACAGCCGAUACUAUCCUGAAAGAAUUUUAAUAUAUGAUCAACAUCCUGGAGGGUCUGGAAUUUCAGUACAGGUUCAACCCUGUUUCACAAAGUUCUUGGAAGCUGCUCUAGAAGUGCUCACAUGUUGCCGCUGUUCGGCAGAUGUAGGUUGCCCUAACUGUGUUCAGAGCUUUGCUUGUCAUGAAUAUAAUGAGGUUUUGCAUAAGGGUGCGGCCAUUAUGAUCAUCAAGGGUAUUCUAGAUGCAGAAAACUAGUGCUCUAAGGAAUGUGCUGGCUAUUCUGAAAUAUAUAGGGAGAUGAUAUUUUUUCUUAUUUCCACUCCAAAAUUUUAUAAAGAUCAGAAGGCACUUGAAAUUAAAUUAAAGAUGGGUGUUUUAUUCAUUUAUUUACUUUAAAGACAAAUUCAUUUUAGAAGACAUUAUAAUUUGAGUCCUGUUUUUGGUUAAUCAGUUCCUGUGACAGCAUUUUACUAUUGUUGUAAAUAAAUUGGCUUUUAUUAUUAUUUUUAA